AUGAUGGCCGGGAAAAUGACAAUUCUAGUGAUCAUGUUUCUGGUCCUAUUAACCAUUGAAGAACCCAGUAGUGGAGAGCAACUAGGCCGCCAAAAGUUUAUUGGUGGUGGUGCUUCACCUUUAUCUCCCGGACGAGGUGGGAAGGCUUUGGCUCCAUCUACAGGAACAGAUAGAGGCGAUGAUAAUUUGGCUCCAGUGCUACCACUCAGACAUGAUUGCAAGGAAACAAAGGCAUAUGGCCCGCCAUGUCGUGACGUUCAUCCAGUAAUCGUCUGUGAACUCUAUUGCACCGGGUUACACUUUAAUGGUGGCCGUUGUCGUGGCCCUAGCCCUAAUGAUUUUUGUUAUUGCUCUUCGUGUUGA